AUGCGGGCCUGCCAGAUUCUGCGCCGUAUCACUUCCUCGGCCAAACCCUGUCCGGUUCCUCGUCCGCUGUCUGCUUCUGCUUCCCCGCGACGAAGCGCACAGAUCGUCUUCCAGUACCCUCGCCUGCCCCGGUCCCUUCCACGCACGCGACUCGACUACUCCACUCGUCCCUCAUCUCAGGAACCCCAGGAACCCCAGGCACCCCAGGCACAACCGAGGGAAGCGUCCUCUCUCUGGUCGAUCACAUUCACCCUACUCGCCCUGGGCGGAGGCGCCUGGCUACACAAUAAAUACUUCCCCCCACGGACCCCGUCUCGUCGCCCUCGCCGCCGUCGAUUCCGAUACUUCCGCAAGGAUCAGGCUCGUUUCUUGAAAUCAUAG